UUUCGUCGAGGUCGAGAUGACUGGUGAGAUCACCCCGCGAUGGCCCCUUGCAGUGCCCCAGAUAUAUACUGCAAGGUUCGCCCAAACACAGAGACCCAGAAAACACCGAGGAUUUACAAGGGAUGAAGAGGUCGGCCAAUGGGACUCCUAAGAAGCCUGAGCUGGGUACGCCGAGGUCGAUGAGGUCGGUUGCCGUCUCUCCUUCUAAGUCGCCAUUGAAGAAUGUCAUCUCGGCGGCAGACUUGGCGAGCGAUCCCUCGGACGAGGAGGAUGGACCGGCUAUGGGCACGCCAAAAAAGGCCUUGUUCGGGUUUCAAUCGAAGAAGAGCACGCCGAGCUUCCAGCGCCGGCUGGAUCUGGCGCGAAAGGAAGAGCCAGAGGACGACGACCCACCAAAAACACCGACGAAGAAAGGGAGAAAGGGAGAGGUGCAGGGGAUCGAUGUAGUGAACGCGGACCGCUCACAUUCAAGAAGAAGAACGAGGAGAGUCAUACAGAAAACACUGGAGGGAGAGUCUUCAAGUGACGAAGAUGAGGAGAGCGACCUGGAACAGGAAGAACAAGAGGAUGACGACGCCAUUGUGGAGCACACCAACAUCAAGUCAGCACCUCAUGGUAGUGGCUAUGAAAGCUACUUUAGCACGCUGCAGUCGAAAACGACGACGUCAAAUAACACACUCUCGCAAAUGCCACAGAUGGAGCAUGCGACUUACCUGAAGACAUUGGCAUCACUGCCUGUCGACCACCCAGAUGAACGCGCAAAUCUGUUAUCUCUCCACAAAGAAUUGUUCGCGCAGUGGGCAUUCGAACUGAGUGUUGGGUUCAACCUACUGCUAUACGGAUAUGGCAGUAAGAGGAACCUGCUCACGGAAUUUGUCCGAGAACACUGCAGCGAACGGCCAGUGUUGGUCGUAAACGGCUUCUCUCCAUCUCUGACACUGCGCGGGAUGCUCGAGUCAAUCGCAGGAGCCCUCGAGGCAUCAGCACCCGAUGCCAAGCUGCAUUUCGGCAACCAACCCGCCGACAUCCUAACAAAUAUUGUCAGCUUUCUCUCAUCUCCGGAUCCACCCCUGGACGACCUGGUGCUUCUCAUCCACAAUAUCGACGGCGAAACCCUCCGCCCUGACAAAGUCCAAACAGCCAUCUCACUCCUCGCCGAACACCCCCGAAUCCACCUCAUUGCCUCAAUCGAUCACGUCAACGCUCCCUUACUCUGGGAUGCAGCUAAAAGCGAAAAGUUACGGUUCAUCUGGCAUGAUGCGACGACAUUUGAGCCACUAAAAGUCGAGACAUCUUUCGAUGCGAAUGUACUUGGUGUUGCAGGAUCUGGUGCACGAGCAGGUGGCUUGCGCGGUAUCAAAUACGUGCUUUCCUCCCUUACUUCCAAUGCACGGGGAAUCUACCUCCAACUUCUCCUCGCACAACUCGCUUCCGAUUCUGAAUCAGAUACGGACGGCAUACCGUAUCGGACACUGUAUGACAACUGUGUUACGGAGUUCUUGGUGUCGAAUGAGUUGACUUUCAGAACGCAGUUGAGGGAGUUCUAUGAUCAUAACAUGGUGGUGAGUCGGAAAGAUCAGGGUGGACUGGAGGUAUUGAGUGUGCCAUUGGCGAAGGGAGAGAUUGAGACGCUGGUGGUGGAGAUGCAAGAGGAGGAGUAAACGAUCCAUCACGCCAUUUAGCAUCAUCUAGCUGCCAUUAUCGAAAUCCUUGAAAGUCCUCGCUCGGUAACUCUGACUGCUGCUGCGACAUCCCACGGGCGUCUGGUCGAACCCUUGCAUUUCAAGCGCGUUUCGGCGCGUCUUCCACCGCAAAGCUUAAUUCUGCUAAGUACCUCCCGGUAGGUCAAAGCGCAAAAGCUUGGUAUUACGGGUUAUUGCUGUUGGAUCAGGAGUAUCAUGAAGGCCUUUGUGAAGACCUUUCAAAGAAAGAAGAAGCCUGAUCCGAUUGUGGUUAAGCCGAGGAAGCCGAUUGAGGAGGAUGAGUCUCAGAC